CAAAUCUGAUUGGAUAAAUGUAGUUUGGCUGAAAUAUCCACCAAUCAAAUCGCUACUUCUGGUGAUGAUGCGGCGAUAAAAACAUCCCCAGGAAAGGCUCGACAUUUUCCGUCAGUUUCCAGUUGACGACCAUGAUCAACGAGCCCAUCGCAGCGGGAACGACGCGGGAACGGCGGGUAUCUUCAAGUUCUGUGCCGACAAAGCGUCAGAAAAGCGGUCCUUCUGCCCAUGACGACGACGGUAUCGAGUCGAUUGAAGUUCCACGUCGUCGGAAGCGCGACGUCCUCAAGCAAGUGUCGAUGCGGUUGUUUCUCAGUGCGCAAGGCUACACUACCGACGUGUUGCGCAACAUCUUUACCCAGACAGAGGACGCCGAAGCAACAUCAUCGCCGGUGUUAGCCACAACGGGGGACAACCCUCUAACCGCAGUCGCCAAACCUCGCAAGCCUUUGUGGAUGCCCAAGACGCAAGACGAUGCCAACAUCGCACCCUCCCAUGGUGCAUCCUCCUCCGGGGGCGACAAGAAACACUUUCUCCUGUCUCGGUACACUGACCCAACAUCGUACUUUUACAAGUACCACGACGCCCCCUUUGCUCCUCGCAAGGCGGUGGUAGUCCUCGUGAGUCUGUCGUGGCUGAAACCCCACGAAGAAAUCGUAAGUUGGGCCCGCGUGGACGGGCUCAAGAACGCCACGCUCAAGUGGGGCGCGUACACGGAGCCGCUCCUGGUGGACAUCAAGACCGGCGCCAUCCUCGACGGACACCAUCGGUACACGGUGGGGCUGCAGCUGGAACUGAAGCAGCUGCCUUGCGUACUGGUCGACUACCUCGGCGACGACCUCAUCACCGUCGACGUGUGGCCAGACUGCGGCCGGUCGUCGCUAUCCAAGCAACAAGUGAUCGACAUGUCCCUCUCGCCCAACGUAUUCCCUCCAAAGACCAGUCGCCAUCGCUUCACAGAUUCCCUUCCUCCCAUCUCCAUCCCCCUCUCGGUGCUGCACCAGGACCCCACCGAAGGAACGCUCGGCUACGAGUACGUUACACUCGAAACCCCAAAUGUAUCAAGUUCUGACGCUGUCCGGCCGUCUAGGUGUCCUGCCGUGCAGUUGGCCCAUGCAGAGGUCGCGAGCCUGCCGUCGCCAGCGUCCCCUCCGCCGACAGACCUCGCGCCGCCGCCCCGGUUCAGCAAGCGGCAGUUUGUCCUGCAAACGUCCCUGACGCUCUUGGGUGGCGCGUCCGACUUGGCGACGUCUGUCGUCCGCUCGUUGUUUCGCCACCGUAUCCGCGAAAUCGAGCGGCGGCCUUCGAGUGGGGGCUCGUCCACACUGGACUUGGUCUCGCGGCCGGCCAAGAAGGACCCAAACCGCAGCGUCGCCUUCGACGCGAUCCGCGCCAACGACCCGACGUCGUCCUUCUCGCGCAUCAAGGGCCGCCUCGUAGCGCAGACGCUGGACGAUGUUCUCGACGCUGGAAACGCGUACCGGAAGUUCUUUGCCUCGCGGAUGACGGACCCUACGUCGUACUUUUACAAGUACCGCCUCGACAACGAAAAGGAGCGGUCACCCAAGCGCCAAAAGGUCGUGCUGGUGCUCGUCGCGUGGCUCAAAGCGCACGAAGCCAUCGUCAGCGCAGCCCGCGUGGACGGACUCCGCCGCGCGACAGUCAAGUGGGACGCGUACCUGGAACCUCUCUUGGUCGACCGCAAGACAGGCGCCAUCCUCGAUGGACACCAUCGGUACAUGGUGGCUGUCCACCUGGGACUGCUCACGGUGCCCGCGGUGCUGGUCGACUACUUGGAAGACACGUCCAUCACGGUGGAUGUGUGGCCGGAAUGCGGACGCGAUACAUUGACCAAGGAGGAAGUUGUGGCCAUGGCGCUGUCCGACGACGUCUUUCCGCCCAAAACGUCACGACAUGCGUUCUCCGACAACUUGCCGCCCAUCAAGAUCGCCCUGGACAAGCUGCGCCAACCCUACUUUACAGACGCCCAACUAUAACCAUAUACGUACCGAUCGAUGUGUCCUAGUAUAUUCGCCUUGGGUGCACCGCCGUAGGUUACGUAGUCAAGGAGAAGGAGAUUCGUACAGGCACCAAGAUCACAUGAUGGUCUCCGUCGUGCACAGGGCAAUCUCCUUCCAGGGACUACUCUCGCACACACAUAACGUUACUGUAAGAUGUCCAUCCUCCGCCCGGGUCGACAGACAGUGCGUCCAUGAAUGGGCAUU